AUUGUUUUGUCCACCGUAUCAAAGGAAGCGUUUGUAUGGCAUUGGUUGGUUGUAGAAACCUUUCCGAAGAUGUGCAUUGACGCACCCGCACUUUAAGUUGCGUAAUGGAUGUGGACAGAGUCUGAACUGAUUACAAGAUAAGAACAGGCAUCUAUCAGCAACAAGAUAAUCCUCAUAUCCUGACUUUUGAGAUGAUGAAGACACAUUACUUUUUGGUCCAACUUCUUCUGACUCUUGUUUUGGUUGGAUGUGCACUUGGUCAAUCUCAAGAUUGGAGGAAUACCUUGCCAAAGAUACUUCGGUCCAUAGAUCGUGCAAACUUGAUUGAUCCAUUAUUUACUCUUAGCAACCUUAUUGCAAAGAGCACACAAAUUGAUCCAUCGAAAAGCGAGCAAGAGGCACAAAUCCAGCAACUCCAAGAUUUGGAGCCUUGGAAACGAUCCAAAUUAAGAGCCUUGAUUGACCAAGAUACUGAUGGAAUUUUAAAAACGAGUUUGGACUUGGCAAAAAAUGAACCAAUAAGUCAAUCGCUUGCUAGUCGGGAUUUGGAAGACUAUAUCCUUCGUCAUGUCAUAGCACCAAUCACACCUGUCUAUGGAGUGUCCGAAACGUGCUUUAGCCAAAGCAUGGAAUAUGCUAAGCAUCUCUUCAUCAAUGCUACCCCUUGGGCGUACCAAAUGUUGGAUUCCACUGGCAAGGCGCCAGAUGGCAUUCUGACAGAUACUCAGGACUUAUGUGAGAUUUUGAAUCGGUGGACACCACAUCCAACCCUCUGCGACUCAAUCCCUGCGUUAUGGGGUAUCAUCACCAUACCAAAAGGUAAUACCAUUGCCAUUGGGCACUACGAGGGGUGUGUGGCUGCUCAGACAAAUGGAGUAUUGUCUCAAGAUGGGCCGGGAGACUUUGUGGGCAACUUUUGCUUUGCCGACUUGGUUGCAUUUGAAAUUCCUCCCCAACAAAAGAAGCCUUUAGGAUACUCAGACUUGUUUCACCCAACUGCCAAAGUUCCUGGAAUCUUAGAUUGGAUCAAUCAAAUCGUCCCGGAUAACAUGACUGAUGGGGAGAUAGUGAAUACAUAUUUGGAUUCAAUGAUUGUGAAAUUUGGACAAUGUAUUCCAAGCGGUUGUUCUGCUGAUGAUUUCAAUAUCAAUGCUUUUGUCAUCUACAAUGGUCUCAAAGCAACAGCUGUGGCGUUUUGUGGUACUCAAGAAUAUGAUGAUCAAUUCACUUCACUCUCUAGUACAGGCUACGGAAUGGUAGGUCUAUUUGGUACCAUUGGAGCAUUUAUUGCUAUUUCCACCAUCGUAGAUAUGAUAUUGAUAUCAUAUGAUCUAGAAACGGACACAAUCAAGGGGAAUUUUGGAUGGAAGUUACUGAAGAGUUUCUCAGCAAUAAGCAAUGGCAAAAAGGUUCUCAACACAAGCUCAACCAGCUCUUUAAACUUGAACUGUUUGAAUGGAAUCAGGGUGAUUUCUAUGGUCUGGAUUAUUGUUGGCCACACAUACCUUCUUUUUUCAGGUGCUCCAUCGACCCGACCUCUCUUGGCAGAGAACGUAAAUAUGGCAGAAGGAGAAGAUGCAUCGAUUGUUUAUGAACUAGUCCUGAACGCCUUUCCAGCGGUGGACACCUUUUUCUUCAUGAGCGGGCUCUUGGUCGCCUAUCUGUCUUUUUUUGAGCUAGAGAAAGGUCGUUUCAAUCUCAUUCUGUUCUACGUUCAUCGUUACAUUCGCCUGACGAUUCCCUUGGGGCUAACCAUUGCUUUCAUUGUCGGGUUUGCCAACACAUUUGGCUAUGGACCAGCUUGGUGGGCCCAAGCAGAUUAUGAAAUUCAGUCUUGCCGGGAUAAUUGGUGGCUGAACCUUCUCUAUUUGAACAACUUCAUUCGACAGUACAACCUCUGUUUGGGACAAACUUGGUACUUGUCAUGUGAUGUACAAAUGUACAUUUUGUCGCCACUUUUCUUCUGGCCCAUGUUCAAAUGGAGGGACAACGUGACUCGAGUGGUUCAAUACUGGUUUGUGCAUAUGACCAUCUUUACAGCCAUUCCUGUGGGACUAAUGAUCGCUUACGAUCUGCCACCCAGUCACGGCUUUGUCAUCUCGUAUGAUUUUGCCAAAUUUGACAUGAAUGCGGAAUUCUAUUCUCGGUUUUAUACUCGCCUUCAACCAUAUCUGAUUGGAAUCAUGCUUGGAUUUGUCCUUUACAAAACGCGUGGCAAGGAGAUCAACAUUUCAUGGUAUAUGAAUGUCGUGGGAUGGUUAUCCUCCAUUGCUAUUCUCGUGUCUGUGGUUUUCGGUCUAUGGAGUGCUCGGCGAGAUUCUACUUUUCUAUCAAGAUCAUUCACAACGUUUGAAUCGUGUUUCUAUCAAGGCUUCUCCCGAAUAGCUUGGGGCUUAGCUUUAGCUUGGAUCGUGUUCGCUUGCGUCAAAGGCUAUGGGGGAGUGAUCAACUCUUUCCUAUCUUGGGGCUUCUUCAGUCCGUUGGCCAAGCUUUGUUUCAUGGUUUACUUCGUUCAUCUGGACAUCGCGAGAUAUUUCACCUUGUCCUUCACUUACGCAAUUGAGAUCAUUCCCAUUCUGAUGUGUUAUUAUAUCAUUGGUAUCAGUAUGGUAUGUUUUGGAGUGUCCUUCGUGGGCUCUCUUGUUGUUGAGGCACCCUUCAUCAACUUGGAAAAACUUAUAAUUGGAAGUGAGUGCUUUAAAAAGACAUCCCGAUUCUUAAUCUGCCCUGUAAGACUCCCUUUGUUUAUCUACUCUUUCAGAGCUCCUAAAAAAGAAAUGAGAUUGCUAUUAGUGCCGUUGUUGGAGGGUCUUGCACUAAAAUGCAUUCCAAUGGAAUCUUGUAGAGUAAAGGGUGUUCGUGCCUUUUGAAUGUAAAAUAGACCUUAGCCAAGAAGUCUUGGUGUCUCUUUCAA